AUGGUUGCUCCUACUGCUUUAAAGAAGAGUGCUGUUAGUGGUACUUCUAGUGCCAGUAGAAUUGUUGGUGUUGAUAAUAAACAGGCUAUUGAUGACGAUGAGGUGCUUCUGGGUAAUGGCGAUGAGCAUAUGAUGGAUCAAGAUGAUGGCGAUGAGAAGAAAGAAACAGUUGAGAAAAAGGAAACUGCCGGUGUUGUAUUAGAUGAACAAGGUAAACCUCGUUUUGCCUCGGCUAAGGAUGCUAAGCAAACCAAAGUUAAGUUAGAAUCUAGAAAAGUUGCAGUUCCUCCUCAUAGAAUGACACCUUUGAGAAACAACUGGACAAAGAUAUAUCCACCUCUAGUUGAUCAUUUGAAGUUACAAGUUAGAAUGAAUUUAAAGACCAAAUCUGUCGAAUUAAGAACUAACCCAAAACACACUACCGAUCCAGGUGCUUUGCAAAAAGGUGCUGAUUUCAUAAAGGCUUUCACUUUAGGUUUUGAUUUAGAUGAUUCCAUCGCUUUGUUAAGAUUAGAUGACUUAUAUAUCGAAACCUUUGAAAUUAAAGAUGUCAAGACUUUAAAUGGUGACCAUUUAUCAAGAGCUAUUGGUCGUAUCGCUGGUAAAGAUGGCAAGACCAAAUUUGCUAUUGAAAAUGCUACAAGAACAAGAAUCGUCUUGGCUGAUUCAAAAAUUCAUAUUUUAGGUGGGUUCACUCACAUUAGAAUGGCAAGAGAAGCUGUCGUAAGUUUAAUUUUAGGUUCUCCUCCAGGUAAAGUUUACGGUAACCUACGUACCGUUGCUUCUAGAUUAAAAGAACGUUAUUAA